AUGGCCACACGCCUUAAACCUGGGCAACUUGUUUUCUUCCAUCCGUAUAUUAUCGGCCGUGAUGACCCUGGCACGAAAUACGUCAGCGGGUUCAUGGAGGUCUCUAACGAAGGGAGCAAGAAGCUCUCCCGCGGGGAAUGGAGGGACUCGACUCUUGGGGAGUACGCCAAGUUGCCCCUCGAGAACUGUUAUCCGCUGGACGAGAAGCGACUGCUCGGUAUAGACAUCAAGGCCGGGGAGACUGUUAUCAUCGCGCCGGCCACUGGCCGGUACGGGAGUGGCGCCGUGCAUUCCGCGCUGGCGUUGGGGGCCCGCGUCAUCGCCAUCGGCCGCAAUGCGGGUGUCCUCGAGCAGUUGGCCACUAUCCACCCGGAGUGUCUGAGCACUGUCCGGAUCACAGGCGAUGCGGACGAGGACACGGAGGCCCUGCGCAGGACGGCCGGUCCCCGCUGGCGUGGAUGCGUUCUGGGACAUGUCUCCCGCCGCGGCUGGGGCAUCGACGCACUUUACGACUUGUCUCCAUGUGUUGAAGCACGGGCUUUGACGAUCAAGGGGACCUGGAUGUGCACUAGGGCGCAGACGCGAAAGCUUCUCAGAUUGGUUGAGACUGGGCUUCUGCCGCUGGGACAGAGGGCUGGGAUGGGGCCCGUGAGAAAUUUCGGGCUGGACCAGUGGAAGCAGGCGUUGGAUGCGGCCGGGGAGAUGAUCGGGCAUGGUGAGAUUGUAAUUACCCCUUAG